AGUAGCACCUAUAGAUGAGAAAUUUCAUUUGAAUUUUCUUCCUUGCCAUUUGUCCUGGUUGCACAAAUUUGUUGAAGAAUAGAUAGAGAUCUUUCAUUUUAGAAGUAAAGUUGAAAUCCAUUAUGGAUCUGCAGGUGGAUCCUAGCAGUGGAUACUGCAAUUCAAAUUCUAUUUACUACAGCAAGCGAAGGCCACUGUAUCUUCCCCAAGACGAGUACUUGAAUCUUCCAGCUUUCCUCUCGCAGCAACCCCACACUGGGAAGAUAGCUUUCAUUGAUUCUGCAACAGGAUACAAAAUCACAUUUCCCCAACUAUGGCACAGCGUCAGAUCGUUAGCAGCAGGGUUAGCCGAAAUGGGCAUCAAGAAAGGCGAUGCAAUUCUCCUCCUCUCGCCUAAUUCGGUCUACUUCCCCAUCAUCUGCAUGGCAAUUAUGUCUGUGGGUGCAAUUGUCACAACCACCAAUCCACUUAACACGAAUGCAGAGAUCAGAAAUCAGGCCAGAGACUCAUCUGCUGUCCUGGCCUUCGUUACAUCAGAACUGGUAAACAAAUUGGCUGAUACGAACCUACCACUAGUUCUGAUAUCAAAAAUACCAGGCUUCAGUCAGGGAAAAACCAACAAUGGCGGUUCCUCUGCCACAAGGUCUUUGGCGGACCUGAUGGCAACAGAUCCUGCUAAAGCUCCCAAUGUCCAAAUCAAGCAAGAUGACACUGCUACCUUGCUUUACUCUUCUGGCACAACUGGCCUCAGCAAAGGCGUCAUCUCCACCCACAGAAACCUCAUAUCCAUGGUCUGUGUUUGGAUAAGUAGGCUUAACUUGUCUAGCACUUCUGACGAUUGUUUUCUGUGUACUGUGCCCAUGUUUCACAUGUAUGGCCUUGCAGCUUUUGCUUGUGGGCUGGUUGCCUCUGGUUCAACUACUGUUGUGCUAUCUAAGUUUGAGUUGGGGGAAAUGCUUGGGGCCAUUGAGAAGUACAGAGUGACCUAUUUGCCUCUUGUACCUCCAAUAUUGCUGGCUGUGACAAAAACAGAGAUUGCUAGGAAGUAUAAUUUGAAGUCUCUGCAUUCUGUGCUUUGUGGUGGGGCACCCCUAAACAAGGAGUUAACUGAAGAGUUUAUAUCUAGAUUUCCCUCCAUCACAAUAAUGCAGGGUUAUGGACUGACAGAAACAACAGCAAUAGGAGCAACCACAGACACCCAAGAGGAGAGCAGACACUAUGGAACAGCAGGCAUGUUGUGCCCAAAUACAGAUGCAAAGAUAGUGGAUCCUGAUUCUGGCCUUGCUCUCCCUCCAAAUCAAAGGGGAGAGUUGUGGCUUCGGGGCCCAACAAUUAUGAAAGGCUACUUCAGCAAUCCAGAAGCUACUACUUCAGCUUUGGACGAAAAUGGCUGGCUACGUACAGGCGACCUCUGCUACAUUGAUAAUGAAGGCUAUGUCUUUGUAGUAGACAGGCUCAAAGAACUCAUAAAAUACAAAGGUUAUCAGGUUGCUCCAGCAGAAUUAGAAGCACUUCUUCUUUCUCAUCCUGAGAUUGCUGAUGUCGCAGUGAUACCGUUUCCGGACAAAGAAGCAGGCCAAGUUCCAAUGGCGUACAUCGUAAAACAACAGGGCAGCACACUUUCUGAAGCUACUGUUGUCGACUUCGUUGCCAAACAGGUGGCACCUUACAAGAAGGUUCGCAGGGUGGCUUUUGCGAGUGGGAUUCCAAAAACUGCAGCGGGAAAGACACUGAGAAAGGAUUUGAUCAAACUUCCCGCAUCAAGACUUUGAAUUCAAAAGAUUUAAAUAUCCAGAUUCUCUUUCGAUGGCAAAACAUGCAAACAUAACCAUUUUAGGUAGAGGAAAUCAGAGGCAGUGAAGGGAACAUCUUACUGUAGCAAAUGCAAGCAGGUUAUAAUGUAUCUGCAUAUAUGCGUGGUCUGUAAUGAUGAAGACCCAGAUUAAUUUUUCCAUUUAUGCGUAUAUAUAUAAUUAUUAUUCUAUUAAUAGUCUUAUUAUCAACAAUAAAGACUUAUAAUUUUAUUGGUAUUCUAAUUUUAUCAAUUAAUAAACUGGUGGUCUAUGUUAGAGAAUUUUGAAUCAAAAAAGGGAACCUCUUCCCCAUCCUCGUCCUUA